AUGUGGCAGCAGCAAAUUUUUGUGUUAACCAUUUAUGUGGCCCUGGCCCAGACCGAGGCCGGCAUGGAUGCUCGCUUUAAUGGCGUCGCUUCCGGCUUACCGAACAAUGAGCCGCAGCAGCUACAAGUGAAGCUCAACGCCUGGCAGCCAUUGACGGGCCAGAACAAUUGGCUGAUACUGCAGGCAACGGCGGCGACAGCCAUGCAGCAGCAACAACAGCAAGGGCAGCAGCAGCAACAAGGGCAACUUCCUGUCAAUUACUACGCCUACAAUCAUCGCUAUCAAACGGUUGCGUCAGCUGCCGCAAACGAUGCUCCCAGCGGAAAUUACAAACAGGUGCGAUCCAAUCUCAAUGCGGCUCCCAGCUACGUGUGGGCCCUGAGCCCCGCUCUGCCACAAUUGUCGAGCACCCGGGAUGUGCCGGAAGUGAAGAGGGCGCAUAUCGAGCCGGAAGUGCGCGAAGCCGACAACCGCGCGACAUUCACAAACGCCGCUGAUGAGGCUCUUGAUGUUCUGGCUAAGCCCACAGCAACGGCUCAGAGUAUAAACAACUAUUUGACAACAUUUGAACGAGCUGUGCGUAAGGUGCGCGACUUGUGUGACACUGUGCGAGAUCUCAUCAGCGUGGAGGAUGAGGACGAACAGGAGCUAGCGGAGGGCCAGGAGCUGGAGCAGGAACUCAGGUCGUUGGAGACAAAUAUCAUGCCAACUAAAUUGGCUGGGAGUAGCGUAGAAGCAGCAACGGGAAAAGAACUAGGAGCAGCCACAAUAACAUCAAAGGAAAUCCAAGGACGCAGCAGCCAGCUGGCUGGCAGCGUUCAGGGCCGCAAGCUGAAAAAAUUGAAGAAGAAAAUUCAGAAACUGCUGCUGCCACUGCUCAUUGCGUACAAAUUAAAGUUUCUGACCCUGAUACCAGUGCUGAUUGGAGGGCUGACGCUGCUAGUGGGCACCACGGGUUUGGCUGGCUUCUUCUUUGCUCUGUUCACGGCCGUGAUGAGCCUCAAGUCGUCAACAGGUGUUGGCCAUUCCAGCAAAGCGAUUGUCUUGAAGAAAAUUUGA